AUGAGAUCCACAUCUCCAGAAGAAAAGAGUGAACAGCCAGAAGCUGGAUCGUCAAAACAGCCCGUGGAGGAGGCUGGUACGCAAUCCCGGGAGGAAUUGAGCGGAGAGGAGGAUGGGAACGAGGGGAUGGAUGAGGACUCUGGGCUGGGCUUCGGGAUGGAUCCUGAAGGGUUUGCCGGGGAGAAGGUCGUGAAGCCUCUGACGCCUGAGGCUCUGGCUGCCUUCAAAGCUGCUCAAGAACGUGCCGGCGUCAUCUACAUCUCGCGGAUACCACCUGGAAUGCGUCCAGCCAAGGUCCGCCAUCUCAUGAGUGCAUACGGGGAAGUUGGUCGGGUUUAUCUGCAACAAGAGGAUCCUAAACGAGCUUAUCUGAGGCGUAAAUUCACGUCGACGAAGAAACCUCACUUUACGGAAGGUUGGGUCGAGUUCAAGGACAAGAAGGUUGCACGUAGUGUUGCUGAGAUGCUGAAUGCGCAACCUAUUGGCGGGAAGAAGGGGUCCCGAUGGAGAGAUGACAUCUGGACGAUGAAAUAUCUUCCCAAGUUCAAGUGGAAUAUGCUCACCGAACAAGUUGCCCAUGAAGCCGCCGUACACACCGCCAAACUCCGAGUGGAAUUGUCGCAAUCUCGUGCUGAGCAACAGGAAUAUCUUCGCAAUGUCGAGACUGCUCGGGUGUUGGAGAAGCGGGCGGAAAAGAAGCGGGAAAAGGGGGAGGAAUUCGAGCUCAAGCCUGUUAACGUCAAGAAGCGACCCCGUGGCGAGGCUGCUGGCGGCGAGCAAAAGAAGAAAAAGGCCAAAUCUGAUGUCCCAUUAGAUUCUGUACUGAGCAGUGUAUUCUGA